AUGCCAACAUACGGUUUUGCCAUUGCUAUUGUUGCCAUUGUAGUCUGUGCUUAUGGACAUGACUGUACAAAAUACAACCUGACACCAUCAGACCAAUCUCUUAUUGAUAUGAUGAAGCAUUACUUGCAUACCUCUCGGAAGGCGGACUGUCCUUUAACACCUAUACAACAAGAUAUUGGUGUGACAUAUGUCAGAUGGGGGAAGAAAACGUGUCCUGGAAAUACCGAUAUUGUGUAUUCAGGACAGACUGGAGGUAACUAUUAUACUAAUAAUGGAGGAGGUUCCAACUGGCUCUGUUUACCCAAUGACCCUGAAAAUGGUAAUGUAUCCUCCAAUAGUAAUGAUGGACUAUAUGGUGCCGAGUACCAGAUAAAUUCCAGCAAUAAUCCAUCCGGUUUUCCUACUAAUUUGUAUAAUAAAGAGGUUCCAUGUUCUGUGUGCAGACGAAAAGGAAAAUUUUCUGUUUUAGUGAUAGCAGGAAAAAAGUCCUGUUACAAAGGAUGGAAAUCUGAGUACAGUGGCUUCUUGAUAUCUGAAUACAAGGGUCAUACCAAUGCAGACUUUAUAUGUAUGGACGGAGAGGCAGAACAAUUGGACAAUCGAUCAUCAAACGAAGAAGGGGCUUUACUUUACCCUGUCAGAGCGAAAUGUGGUAGUCUGAGAUGUCCUCCAUACAAAGAUAACACUGUAGUGCUUUGUACCGUCUGUACAAAAUAA